UAGAGUUAAAACAACAGGCUGUGAUCCUGCUCUUUCCAUUUUACAGAUAUUUGAAUGCAGCAUCAUUUCUUGGGCUUCAAAACCCUGAAGCAGAACAUAUAAAAACAACCCUUUUCUCAAAAAAAGUCAGGCCUCUGAUAGUCCAGUAAAAAACACAAAGAUAAAAAAACAGCCUGACGCUGACUAUCAUAUACCUGAUGCUAGAUUUACUGCCUUGUUCUCUGAUUUCCCAUCUCAUAAUGGAUUCAUCUACUAUCAUUUAUUUAUCACACCCCUCUCCAGGAGUGAAAGACCAACAGACUUCUCCCUAUAGCUGUCUUCUCUUUCUAUCAUUGCACAACCACACCCAGUCUCUUCUCCGUCCAUCACUUAGAGACAUUCGUUCUUAUUUGUUACAGUUAUCUGUCCAGACAGACGAUCUCUCUGCUGAAGACCAACCCCACUAUUGAUCUGCUCCAGCAAAAAUAUCUCCUUCUCUUUCCCUCUCUCUCAGCUUCCACUCAUCCCUUUCUCACUCUCAUGCUGGACCGUUGGGAGGAAAGUGAGGAUUCAUGGAGUCAAAGACCAGGGAGCGGGAAACAAGGAAGAGGAGGAAGACGAUUACAGGGGUGAGGAGGACUUCCUGUGAAGAUGCCAUGAGCUAAAUCAUAUUACAGACACACCUUUGCUACAGCAGUUCCUUCCAGGUGGACUUAAAGCCAUCCUGGACCCACUUGGAGAAAGGGCAAAACGAUUUCUUAGAGCCAAGGAGUAAAGGACCACAACCUACACACUCCUUUCCAUGCCAUUCAACCCCAUUCCCUUGAAAUAAAAACAAAGGAGGACCAUAAUGCGAGACAAAGGAGAGAAGUGGCGGGCCAGCCGCACAAGAGAAGUCCUGUCCCGUGAUGACUUGUUGUUUCUCCUCAGUAUGUUAGAGGGAGAGCUACAGGCUAGGGAUGAGGUAAUUGCUGUGUUGAAAUCCGAGAAGAUGGAUCCGGUUCUACUUGGGGCCCGAUACAGUUUUGGUGGACCAGAAAAGGUGCUCCGUGCCCUGCAGAGAGACUCCCUCUGGGCCCAGCAGGACCACCUGCAGGAUGUGUACAAAAAACCAAUUGCUGAGCUCAACCACUUUGUGGAGGCUCAGAGGCACUCGUCCAAACAGAUGAUGGAGGGAUUCCUGGAGGUAUCUCGCUCUCACAGCAGGGCUCUAUGCAAGCUAGAGGAGCAAGAGAGGAGCCACAGGGCUCUAAUCCAUAAGAGCGACUGCCUGACCACUCUGCUGGAGCAGGACAGAGAGAGAUGA